AUGGAGCACCCAUCCGACCGAAAACGUAAGAGAAAGCCUCUUGGUAAUAUCUUUGGCAACGAUCCUCAGCCAACCUCUGACACAUCAUCUGCAACUCCCUCUAGCCCUUUCAAACGAAAUCGCAAGAGAAAGCCUCUUGGUAAUCUCUUUGGCAACGAUCCUCAGUCAACCUCUGGCACAUCAUCUGCAACUCCCUCUAGCCCCGUCAAGCGAACCAAGUUGCUAGAAGACUUUCAAAAGUCUGUCCGUCAGAACUGGCCAGCGAUGCAAGCCGUCCCGAUCACUAUCCGUGCUGACUCUAUCUACCGUACGUACGCCACCGGACAAGACCCCAAGACUCUAUUCGACAAGGCUACACGUUAUCUGCAGACCGUGAAAGACAGCCGCACGCCAAAGCAGCAGGCCAUCCUCGUUGAACGACUUCAUGAAUCUAUCAUUCACGCAAUCUUUGGUAGCAACAAGAUUGAGAGGGCCGGACUUGGUCUUGAUGUUACAGUACAUCUCUGUCGCAAGAUCUUGCGAGGCGAGCCUGUCCCUGAGAUUGAGGAAUGCGAUCCGCACUACGAAUUAGAACUCGCUGAGCUCUACGAUCUUGACCACACACUGCACCACGAAAAUCGGCAACACGUUCUCCGUGGCCGUCGUGAGAUUGUGCAGCAUGUGAGAGCCUUCCAGCACAUAAUUCACCACUUCGUCGUCCUGAGAGAGGAUAUGACAGAGGAUCUCAUCAAGAAAACGCACGCCAUCCUCUGCAAGGGCGUUUCAAUUAUCGAUCCUGAGUUGCCAGAGGUACCCUCAGAGGAGUACGCUGGGAAGUAUCGCGAUGUCUGGGUAAGCGCUGGUGACACAACCUUCGUCGCGCCCGAGUUAGUUCCAGCCAAGAUGACCGAGAUGUGCGCCGACAUGAAGAAGGAGAUCGAUGACUGUGAAGCCCAAGGAUCUAUCGACCCAUUCUCUAUUGCUUCCAAGUACUCGCUGGAGUUUGUUCAGAUCCAUCCCUUCGAAGAUGGCAAUGGACGCAUGUGUCGCAUGAUUCUAAAUGCAAUCCUUUUCCGCUACGCCGGUAUUGUCGUACCCAUUGGAGAACGUGAGGAGGAGCGUGACGAAUACCUGGACAUCAAGGUACGGGCGUCUGAAAAGAUGGAAGGGCACGGAGAGUAUGCAACCUUUGUACUGGAGAAGGGAAUGACAUCAAUCAGGUGGUUGAAGCGAAAGCUUCGGGGUAAGAAGAAGUCUUGA